GAGGCGUCGCGUAUCAGCUGUGCUCUGGUGCGGGUCUGGAGCGGCACACAGUCCUUGGUGUGCAGCCCAUCCCAGGCUGAGAUGGAGCAGGAAGCUGAGAGGCCGAGCCAGCGGCAGGAGGCUCAGAACCAGCUUGUGCAGGAUACUGAGAAGUCCAUGUCCAUCUUGGACAUGUGUCCAUCUCCUGGAAGUAGUGGAGUGCACACCCCUUGGAAUGAAGGCCUGUCAGACAUUCAGCACUUCCCUCAGUGCACACAGCUGGAGAGGAUCCCCUUGACCUUGGCUGAGGCACCCAAGCAGAAUGCAAGUGCUAUGGGGCCACAAUUCAGUACAUCAGUGCCGGAGGAUAACAUGAGCUACUACUCCCAAGUGAUUCACGCUUCUUCUCAGAUGAUUUACUCUGAGGGGACGUCUCCUUCCCAGCCAGGAAUGAUGGUUUUCAGGGGGCCCCAGAUGAUGGCCUUAGGAGAACCCAGUGCUCCAGGGGUGGCCAUGACCUUUUAUAGGACCCUAGGGAUGCCUUCCAGUGGGCCACCAGUCUCAGCUCCCAAUGGAACCUCAAUGAUGUCCCACAUCAAUGCACCCACAAUGCCUUAUUCUGCACCCCCAACAGUACCUUCUAAUGGAAACUCUUCAACACCUAAAGUGUUAUUGGCCCCAACCACGUCUUCUACUGAGGCCCAGGCAAUGAUCCCUACUUUGGCUCAGAUGUUGCUCCCUAGAGAUCACCAUGACUUUGGGAUGCGACCAGCUGGGUUCCCAUCAUUGCAGGCUUUAAAAUCCCAGGACUGUCUCAUGAGCCAGUCCGCCUCCCAGGAAGACUCCUUCCUACCUAAGCAGCCCAUACAAGCUCCACAGAGAGUGGAGCAGAACUCCAGGGCCCAGGAACAGUCUCCCAGGAGAUCCACAGUUUCAAGGUCUUACUCCUGCCAAUAUGAGAACUGUGGAAAAGCUUAUACUAAGCGUUCCCACCUCGUGAGUCACCAACGCAAACACACAGGUGAGAGGCCUUAUAAAUGCAUGUGGGAAGGCUGUAUGUGGUCUUUCUUCCGUUCCGAUGAGCUUGGACGACAUAUGCGGAUACACACCAGAUAUCGACCAUAUAGAUGUGACCAGUGCGGCCGACAGUUCAUGAGAUCUGACCAUCUCAGGCAACACCGAAGGACUCAUCUGCCGAUGACAGGACCCCCAGACCCACAGGCCAACAAUGGAAAAAUGGCUGGUCCUCCUGCUCCUUCUUUAGGUGACUGAAGAGGAAAGAAUUCAGACAGAAUGCUGGACCAACCCAACUGCUCAGAGGAGAGUCAACCUGCAAGCUUCCAUUCAUUUGACCAAUGUCUGUGAGCCCACUACAAAGAGCAUCAUAUCUGUGGGGACUCAUGGUGAGGGGCCCGGAGACAAUGGAGGGUGUGUCAGGGAAAAAAGACUUCUCAAGGAGGGACCUGAGUCAGACCUGAAGGACUCAUGGGGGCUAGCCAGCCUCCCAUUUCCUGGGUGUCUUCCUUUGUCAUGCCCUAUGUUGGACACUAAAGACUCAGAGCAUGACAGUGCCUUGCUGUGAAGCGUAAAGACUACAGAUAAACAUCCUG